AAGAGACUGCGGGAGGAUCAGAUCGGAUCUCUGUGUCGGAUACUUACGUGAUAUCUCUCUAAACCUUUCCUCUACACCCGGGACAUGCACUCCCUGUUUUAACCGCGUUAAAAGUUUACUCUCCAGCCCAAAAUGACGGUGGAUUUUGAAGAAUGUGUAAAGGAUUCACCCCGGUUUAGGGCCAAUAUUGAUGAAGUGGAGACGGAGGUUGUGGAGAUUGAGGCAAAACUAGACAAGCUGGUGAAGCUAUGCAGUGGGAUGAUUGAAGCAGGGAAGGCAUACGUCAGCGCCAACAAGCUCUUCGUCAACGGCAUCCGGGAUUUGUCUCAGCAGUGCAAGAAGGAUGAGUCGAUCUCGGAGUGCCUGGAAAAGUGUGGUGAAAGCCUCCAGGAAAUCAUCAACUACCACAUGAUCCUGUUUGAUCAAGCUCAGCGGUCUGUAAAGCAGCAGCUGCACAAUUUUGUGAAAGAGGAUGUGCGAAAGUUCAAGGAGACCAAGAAGCACUUCGACAGGGUGCGUGAGGAUAUGGAAAUAGCUCAGGUGAAGAAUGCUCAGGCGCCGAGGAACAAGCCUCACGAGGUGGAAGAGGCCGCCGGCACGCUCAGCAUCACUCGCAAGUGUUUCCGUCACCUCGCUCUGGACUACGUGCUACAGAUUAAUGUCCUCCAGGCGAAGAAGAAAUUUGAGAUCCUAGAUGCUAUGCUGUCAUUCAUGCAAGCCCAGUACUCGCUGUUCCAGCAGGGCUACAACCUGCUGGAUGAGAUCGACCCGUACAUGAAGAAACUGGCUAGUGAGCUGGAUCAGCUGGUGAUUGAUUCAGCCAUGGAGAAGAGGGAAAUGGAGCAUAAACAUGCAACCAUACAGCAGAGGACUCUCAUGCAGGACUUUUCAUAUGAUGACUCUAAGGUGGAGUUCAAUGUGGAUUCUCCUAACGGUGUGGUGAUGGAGGGAUACUUGUUCAAGAGGGCCAGCAAUGCCUUUAAGACCUGGAACAGGCGGUGGUUCUCCAUACAGAACAGUCAGCUGGUCUAUCAGAAGAAGCUCAAGGAUUCCCUGACGGUGGUGGUGGAAGACCUCCGUCUGUGCUCCGUUAAACCAUGUGAGGACAUCGAGAGGAGGUUCUGCUUCGAGGUGGUGUCCCCCUCCAAGAGCUGUAUGCUUCAGGCUGACUCUGAGAAGCUAAGACAAGCAUGGAUUCAGGCUGUUCAAGCUAGCAUUGCGUCGGCCUACAGAGAAAGCCCAGACACGUACUAUAUAGAGCAUCUGGACAGAACGGCCUCUCCAUCCACCAGCAGUAUCGAUUCGGCCAGCGAGCCGCGGGAGCGCAGCGUGCGAGGGGAGACCAUCCUGCAGCGGAUCCAGUGUCUGCCGGGGAACGAGCAGUGCUGUGACUGCGGCCAGGCCGACCCUCGCUGGGCCUCAAUCAACCUGGGCAUCCUGCUGUGUAUCGAGUGCUCUGGCAUCCACAGGAGUCUCGGGGUUCACUGUUCAAAGGUUCGCUCCCUCACACUGGACUCAUGGGAACCAGAAUUAUUAAAGUUAAUGUGUGAGCUUGGAAACAGUGUCAUUAACCACAUCUAUGAAGGCUCAUACCAAGAACAAGGUCUAAAGAAACCAUUACCGUCCAGUUCAAGGCAGGAGAAAGAGACUUGGAUUAAGGCGAAGUACGUGGAGAAGAAAUUCCUGAAGAAGCUGGGCUCCACAGAGAUACUCAUCAACGGAGAGAGGAAGUCGGAGCGGCGGUGGAGCGUGAAGAAGUGUCGGAGACACAACAGCGCCAACAUGGUACCUAAAACACGACGAAGGUACCGACAAGAUCCUGGAACCACCUCCCCGUCCAGCCUCUCCGCAGCAGCUGCCAAGUUCAGACGAGACUCCCUGUUUUGUCCUGAUGAGCUGGACUCUCUCUUCUCCUACUUUGACACAGGAUCUGGGCCUCGAAGCCUAAGCAGUGACAGCGGGUUAGGAGGCAGCACAGAUGGAAGCACGGACAUCCUUGUGUUUGGUUCAGUGGUGGAUAGCGUCACAGAGGAGUGCGAGGUUUCGGAGGACUCGAGUGGUGAAGCUGAGCUGGAGGUUGAGCCGGAGACGUCGGACCCGGAGGACAUAAGGGACCUCCAUCCCGGAGCUCUGCUCUGCAAGGCCUCGAAAGCCCGCAACCUGCCCGUCAUGGCUGAAGCACUAGCCCACGGGGCCGAUGUCAAUUUGGUCAACGAUGAAGACGAAGGAAAGACGCCCCUCAUACAGGCCGUGAUCGGGGGUUCGUUGAUCGCCUGCGAGUUCCUGCUCCAGAACGCUGCUGACGUCAACCAAAGGGAUGCGAGAGGGAGGGGCCCCCUGCAUCAUGCCACAUAUCUGGGUCACACAGGGCAGGUGUGUUUAUUCCUAAAACGGGGAGCUACACAAAACGACGGGGAUGAGGAUGGCCAGGACCCUUUGAGUAUAGCUGUGCAGCAAGCCAAUGCAGAUAUAGUCACACUGCUGCGUCUGGCCAGGAUGAAUGAGGAGAUGCGGGAGUCGGAGGGACCCUUUGGACAGCCAGGAGAUGCCACAUACCUCGACAUCUUCCGAGAAUUUUCCCAUAUGGCUUCCCACAACCCGGAGAAGCUGAAACGAAGGAGUGUGCAUUUCCGACACUCUUUCAGGUAGUCCACCAAUAACCGUCUGGAGAGGAACAAGAGCGUGUACUUGAAAAGUGCAACAGCCACUUACCACAAAGUCACAUUUGGGGUUGCAUCAGUUCAACAUCACAUUUAAACCUAUACCUGAUAGAAAAAAUCAUCAUAUUUCAUAAUAAUAAGUUGUCUGUUUUAUCCCACAGAGAAAUCCACCUUUAAAGUUCAUUAUAGUGAAGAAAUAAAUGCAAUCUUUUGAUG